UGUUUCUAACGCACACGUGUUGACUGAUGUGCAGCUGGCAGAGAUGGAGGACUGUGAAGGGGUGAUUGUCACAGAGCGCUAUGGCUCACAGGAGUCAUGGAGAUACCUGUUGAAGGAUGGGAGGAUGAAGAGACAGAAGGAUGCAGGGGACGGCAGACCUGCGAGAAAUUCAGUCUCUGGCGUGUUUAAAAGUGUUUUCCUGCCACAGGGCUAUCCUGAGAGUGUCAGCGAGGAUUACCUGCAGUAUCAGCUCUGGGACACUGUGCAGGCGUUUUCCAGCUCUCUGUCUGGCACACUUGCUACUCAGGCUUCACUGAGGGGUGUUGGGGUUGGAAAUCAAGAAGCAACAGUUGCAGCAGCUACAAUAACGUGGCUGCUAAGGGAUGGAACAGGGAUGCUGGGAAGAAUACUUUUUGCUUGGUUCAAAGGGAGCAAGUUAGAUUCAGAAGCCAAAAAAUGGAGGCUCUUCGCUGACAUUCUUAAUGACGUGGCGAUGUUCAUGGAGAUUGCAGCCCCUCAUUUCCCUCCUUUUUUCACUCUAAUCGUCUGCAUUGCUGGAAUAUUUAAGUCCAUUGUAGGAGUCGCUGGUGGAGCAACAAGAGCUGCCUUAACUGUCCAUCAAGCUCGCAGAAACAACAUGGCUGAUAUCUCCGCCAAAGAUGGGAGCCAGGGGAAACUGUUGUGACUGGCAGGACUGCUGGUCAGCCUGGCACUCAUCCCGCUCGUAACAGAUAACCCAUUGUUGACGUUCAUCCUGUUUUUCCUGUUCACUGUUCUCCACCUGUUUGCCAAUUACAAAGCUGUUCGUUCUGUUGUUAUGGAAACACUUAACGAGGCUCGCUUGUCCAUAGUCCUUCAUCGGUACCUGCUUGAUGGUCAGCUGCUCAGUCCAGUGGAGGCCAAUCAGAAGGAGCCUGUGUUCUUGUCGCUUGGAAGGACAGUUCCCAUAAAGUUGGGUGUGAGGCUUGGAGACAUUGUUCAAGAGCCAGGAGAACUGCAGCUGGCUUUGAAGAACAACAGCAAACCAUAUCUCAUUGGAAUCAAAAAUGGUGCCGUCUGUGUUUGUCUGGGAAGUGACGCUUCAGUGCAUGAUGAAAUCAUGGCAGCAUGUCAGGCCUUGUGUCUUCGUGCUGUGCUGCACGAUGUUUCCUCUCUGGGGGAUGCACUCAAGCAGCUCUCAAACACUAAGGACCAAUGGGAGUUAGUAUCACAGAGUCAUAAGAUGAUUGAUCAAAUUUUCCAGACAUUCCUAAAAGAACUGGAUCAAGCAAAGUGGCAAACAGACUGGACACUGCUGGAUUGGAAUGAAUGGCGUGUGGAAUGGAGCAAAAAGAGAAGCUGAAGUGAAUUAUGAAAGAGAUGGAAUAUGGAUGUUUUGGUUUCCACUGGUAUUCACUUUGAAAAAUCUGUCAGUUUUAAAUGAUUUGCAAGAGCUCAGCUGCUGAGCUAGGGUAAGAGCAGUGAAUCAUGUAUUCCUAUAGUCAGCAAUGGGGCCUGACUCUUGAAUGUUAUGCUACCAUUUGAAAUUUUGGGGUCAGUUGGAUUUUUUUUUUUUUUUUCAUCAAGGUUUCAUUAAAUAGAUUAAAUGUGACAGUAAAUAUAUUCAUAAUGUUACAAAAGAUUUCUAUUUUAAAUAAAUACUGCUCUCUUGAACUUUCAUCAAAGAAAAAAAAUUAUAUAUAUUUACCUGAUCAUUUAAAAAAAAAAAUCAAACCUGAACUUUUGAACAGUAGUGUACGUGUUUUUUUACACACAAAAAGCCACACAAAUGACUAAAAGAACAUUGCU